CCCUCGGCGGCCUUUUUUUUUUGCGGAGGGGGAAAAGUGCAGACUAAUUUCCGGAGCUUUGUAUUGAGUGCAGUGGUUGGUUUGACCGAGAAUCAAGCUGCAGUUAAAGGCUGCCCCCUUGUGGUAACAAUGCAUAUUAUCAAACGACGGACUGCAAAGUGGAUCCUGUUUGGCUAACAGUAAACUAGCGAUGGACCCACUAGGAACCAUUCCCACGCACACCAGCGAUGUUGAGCCAGAUAAAACAUCGGGAGCCGUGGGUGUGGAUGCCGCGGUUCUUCUGUUGGGAGCAGGAAUGACAGCUGUCACGCACCCGCUGCUUUAUGUGAAGCUGCUAAUACAGGUGGGUCAUGAGCCUCUUCCCCCAACCGUGGGCACUACGAUGUUCGGAAGGAGGGUUUUAUACCUUCCUGGAUUUUUCUCUUACGCACAGCACAUUGUAAAAGUGGACGGAAAAAGGGGACUGUUCCGUGGCUUGUCACCACGUAUGGUGUCUAUCGCCAUCUCCACUGUGAUCAGGACCAAAGUUAAAACGGCAGAGCUGGUAUCCAAGAAAGAAGACAUGCAAACAUCUCUGAGGAAAGUAAUGAAAGAGACUUCCAAUGAGAUGGUCAUCCAGUGCCUGUCUAGAAUAGCCACUCAUCCUUUUCAUGUUUUGUCAGUGCGUUGUAUGGCCCAGUUUGUUGGCAGAGAGGUCCAGUACAGUGGAAUUUUCAGUGGUAUGGUCCGGAUCUUUAAGGAAGAAGGAGUCAGCGGUUUCUAUGCUGGACUAAUGCCGCAUGUGCUGGGAGAAGUCCUCUUCCUGUGGUGUUGCAACUUGCUGGCUCACUUCAUCAACACCUACGCUGUAGAUGACAGUUUUAGCCAGGCCUCAGCAGUGCGGAGUUACACAAAGUUUGUCAUGGGUUUUGCAGUGAGCAUACUUACAUAUCCAUUCAUGCUGGUGGCUGACGUCAUGGCCGUCAACAACUGUGGUUUGAUUGCAGGUCUUCCUCCUCACUCGCCCAUAUUCACGUCAUGGAUGCACUGCUGGCGUUACCUCAGCCGGAAGGGUCUCCUGUUCAGAGGAUCCAGCUUCUUUUCUCGCCGUGUGCCUGUGACCUCUAUGCCCUCCAUCAACGAUUGAUCAUCAUCAUCAUCAUUAUCAUCAAAUCCUGGACUGCACGUUGUCCUCCUGUUCGGUGUUAUAUUCCUGUUGCUGACACCCCGAUAGAGGAGGUUAGGAGGGGCAAGCGACUGUUCUUCGGCAGUGCAAAGAUGGAACGGGUCAGAAAUGUUCAACAGUUUAACCUUGAGGAACACUUGUGACAGCAGUGUUUGGGAAUCAAACCAGCGGCCCUUCCUUCACAGGUCGCGUCAUUCAUUCCAACUGCUGUCCCAACAGCAGCAUCAUCAACCGUAAAGCACUUAUGUUACAAGAACAUGUUAUAUUGUGUUCUUUACUAGUUUUGAACUUUUCAACAUCUACCAAUGCAAGAAUCAACCAAUCCAAGUUUGGAAUCUUGCUUGUGGAAAACGUCAACUGUGCUCAGGGAUCAGAAGCACUUCACCAACCAUUCCCAGGUUUGCAGCAGGAAGGAACGCAGAUUAAUGAGACUAUAAUUUGAACUAUUGUACUAGUGCAGUGUCUAUGUCCCUCAAUGAUUGACAGGCGAUCUGAUCAGUUCAGGGUGCGUGUCAUCUUCACAUCUCAAGUCAGGUGUGAUAGACUCCAGCUUACCUGUGACAAAAAUGGUGUAACCAACAUGAAAACAUUUACAUGAGUUAAUGAAAUAUUCCAUAUUAGUGACAGGAAUGAAAGACCUCCUGUCCACAGUAUGGAAAUUAAAAAUACAUUCAUCUUGUGUUCGGUGUCAAAACAAUUAUGACGUCUUGGUCUUAAAUAUAAUUUGUGCUUUUUUUCAAGCUGGAAAGUAUGAUACAUUCCGGAACACUAAUGUCUAAUAUAAUUUAUUUUUUCCUUUGAUGGCAUUGUACGCACAGGCGUGCUUAAUACAAUUUCAGCGAUCUUGUACACGAGUUCUGCACACGCCCAAAUAUGGUACACUACUGCCACCUUGUGGUCAUUACAUGAAUUGCAUCAAUAACAUUAAAAAGGACCUAUUAUGCUCA